GAAGAGGUCCAUCAUGGCUGCAAACGUCCAAGAAAACAUUUACGAACAGGUCCAAGAGAAGACCGAAAACUUCUACGAGAAACCGUACGAUAAAACGACAAACGCGGAGCCGAAAUACGAGAAUCACGACGCGGGUCAACAAUCUCCAGAAGAGCCGAUUUACAGCACUCUGGAUCAGCCAGAAUACACGCCAGACUACAUGGACACCAGAGGAACAUCUCCAGAUGAAGAGGACCAGCCUUCAGCCUCCAGUGACCGAGAAGAGACAGCCGACAGCGGCGUGAUGGUGGCGUCUCUGUCCAAUGGAGAUGGAGAUGGAUACGGGUCUGGGAGAUCGUCGUCUUUAGAGAACUAUGGAGACCCUUGCGACGACCAGCCAUCGUUGGCUCAGGAUGACCUGCUCAUGGCUUUCAGUCUGCCUGAAGACGGAUCUCCAGAGCCGGAGGAGAUUGUUGAUUACAGCUUGAAGAACAUGGAGAGCUGCGCCGCGGCGGAGGAAACCACUGAGGUGGCCGACCCAAACCAACCACAGGUCGCACUUUUUGUUAAGGCUGGCAGUGAUGGCGAGAGCAUCGGAAACUGUCCGUUUUCUCAGCGCCUCUUCAUGAUCCUCUGGCUCAAAGGUGUAGUUUUUAAUGUCACCACUGUCGACCUCAAGAGGAAACCAGCUGAUUUGCACAAUUUGGCUCCAGGCACUCAUCCUCCUUUCCUGACCUUCAACGGUGAGGUGAAGACAGACGUUAACAAGAUUGAGGAGUUCCUGGAGGAGGUUUUGGCACCACCAAAGUACCCCAAACUUGCAGCCAGGCACAGGGAGUCAAACGCAGCAGGGAAUGACAUAUUUGCAAAGUUCUCGGCUUUCAUAAAAAACACGAAGCCAGAUGCGAAUGAAGCUCUGGAGAAGGGUUUGACAAAGGCACUCAAGAAGCUGGAUGAGUACCUGAACAGUCCUUUGCCUGAUGAGGUUGAUGCCGACAGCAUGGAGGAGGAAAAGGCCUCCAACCGCAGGUUCCUGGACGGGAACGAUCUGACUCUGGCAGACUGUAACCUGCUGCCAAAACUCCACAUUGUGAAGGUCGUUGCCAAGAAAUACCGGAACUUUGACAUUCCCAGUGACCUGACCGGCGUGUGGCGCUAUCUGAACAGUGCGUAUGCACAAGAAGAGUUCACCAACACCUGUGCUGCAGACAACGAGAUUGAAUCUGCAUAUCUGGAUGUGGCCAAGAGGCUAACCAAGUAAACAGAUCAACAAAUCUGACAUUUGGGGGGCUGGGGAGAUGAUGUUUUCCAUGUAAUUCAAAAUUAUUAAUCUAAAACUACAAGCAAUAUGUAUUUUCAUUCAUCAAGAGCCCUUACAAUAUCACGUAAGGACUGGUGCUUUGAUAUAAUUCCGAAUACUUCAUUUGUGGACUCAAAUGGGAAUGCAAAAUAUCACCCAACACAUAUUUAUCUGUUGCUCAUAUAAAAGCGAUUGUUGUGUCUCCAUUUAAAGAGA